GCCGGAGUGCCAGAGAAAGUGCUCAACUGGCUAUACAGCGUCCUACCUAGCGUAAACAGCAUCGCGCAUACAGAUGCCCACGUUCACUAACGCAUGCCUCACAGGAAUACGCAGACGUGAAUCGCACGUACCACGAUGUCGCCGAGACGCUGUCCAACUAUCCAUCGCUUUCCCCACGCACCGAGGUCUACAGUAUGCGCCCAGCUUGCAUCGCCACACCUGCCGGCCCAUGCUGACGACAUCAGCCUACGAGAAUGGAGCUUCUGCACUGCUGCUGCAGCUCAGCGGAACAAUAGCGGUGCAGUUUCGCGGCCAGACGUUUGGCUUUCCCGUCGCGAUAUGGGUGCCGCACGCCUACCCCCGGGAACCGCCGAUAGUAUACGUGACGCCGUCGCCGGACAUGAUUGUAAGACCGGGGCAACAUGUCAGCGGCGACGGAAGGGUCUACCAUCCAUAUCUCGCGCAGUGGGCGAAGUACUGGGAUAAGAGUACGCUAUACGACUUCCUAGCUGUCCUAAAGGGUGUGUUUGCAAAGGAACCGCCUGUGCGUUCGAAAGCGCAACAGCCGCAAUACAAUGCGCCCGCUGCGCAAGCACCCCCACCUGUGCCUCCUCCACCGGCGGAAUGGAGAAGAUCAAUGCAGGGCGCGCAUGCUGCUUCACCCUCUCCAGGGCCUCCAUCGGGCGCUCCACCACCUCCACCGAAACCGCCGAAGCCGUAUGAGCAAGGCAGACCGACCCCUGAACUACAGUCGCAGCACGAUCGAUAUUCACAACCACCGCCCUUGCCACCACAUCCUACACACCAAGCUCCACCACAUCAGAAUCAAUAUCGGCAGCCACAGAGGAAUAGCUAUGCUGGCCAAUCCAACUGGCAGCAACAGGGACCACCUCAUACAGCACCGCGGCAAACAAGCUACAACAUGAGCCCAGCAACACCAGUAGCCAAGCCGCAUCGUCCUCACGUGCAGUCUCAGAACUACCCCCCGCAAUCCUAUGGGAUAGGGAGCCCAGUGAGUCCCGUUACCCCAGAAGAUCAGCGAUCAGCGAAUAGGCUUUAUCAGCAUCAAGCGCCGCAACCACUUCCAUCCCAAUACUCACACUCUCAGCAUCACCAACAGCCUCCACCGCAGCAAGUGCAACAAUACGGAGCUCCAACAGUCCAGCCAACAUACCAAAAGGAUCCGCACCAGGCCUAUCCACCACAGCAAUAUGCGCAGCAUCAAAAACAACCUCCCCAGCAACCUCCUCAGCCUCCCGCGCCUCCGCCAAACCUCAUGGAUAUGGACUCCUUAGAAGUUACUCUGCCCUCGCAGAGAGGGCCCCAGCAGCCUCUUCACGUACCACCCGUCCCGCCCAACCCCGAGAAGGACGCGCUUCUACACGCGCUUUCUUCAAGCCUCACCGCCCAGAUUCGGCAAACAGUCUCCCAGAACCACGCUGCUAUCGCACCUCUACAAGCACAGCAAGCUGCGCUCCAAAAUGCAUACGCCCGCCUGCAAUCCGAACUCGAUCAGCUGCAACAGCUCGACGCGGCACUCGCAUCCAACGAGCAGAUACUGCGUGAUGCUAUGAAGGAAGCGGAUAGGGUGAUGGAGGACGCGAGACGGAGGAAGGCACCAGAUGUGGACGAUGUGCUGGUUGCGCCAACGGUGGUGGGCGGGCAGCUCUAUGCUGUCGCGGCGGAAGAGAGGGGGAUAAGCGAAGCGUUGUUUGUGCUUGGACGGGCGUUGGAUAAGGGGAGGAUCGGGGCGGACGUUUUCAUCAAGCAAACACGCGCUCUCGCUCGCGAGCAGUUCCUCAAGAAGGCGCUGGGGAAGAAGAUCGCGCGGGGCAUGGGGCUGGACGAGUACGGGAUGCGAUAGCGCCCUCGAGCAUCUCGCUUCAUAGGUCGUAUAUACGAAAUUCACAUACCAUCCAC